AUGGAGCACGAUGCGCUAGUCCAUGGGUAUUCACAUCUCAAGAGCUUAAGCAGAGAAAAAGAAGCUUUACAUACUCUAAGGAAGAUAGCCUCACUGGUAAAGCCUAUCAUGAGAGCGCGCAACUGGACAGUGGGUAUAUUAGCAGAGUUCUACCCUGAUCAAAAGAACUUGCUUGGAAUAAAUCAGAACCGUGGUGAGAAGAUAUGCCUACGGUUGCGAUAUCCUAGCGACGUAAACCAAUUCUUGCCAAUCGAACAAGUCGUCGAUACUAUGCUUCAUGAGCUCGCACAUAAUGUACAUGGCCCUCACAAUGAACAGUUUCACGCGUUAUGGGAUCAAGAGCGCAAGGAAUACGAGGCUCUUUUGUCUAAGGGCUACAGUGGCGAAGGAUUUCUGUCAAAUGGGCGUCAACUCGGAGGAAGAAGAAUACCGAUGCAUGAAGCCAGAAGGCUCGCGCGUGCAGCCGCGGAGAAGCGCGCUACUCUCUCAUCGGGCUCUGGUCAAAAGCUAGGUGGACGACCGCUCAGAGUCGGAACAGAUAUACGGAAAGUUAUUGUCGAUGCUAUUGAGCGUCGCGGUACGGUUCUGAAAGGUUGUGGUUCCGCCGAGAAGAAUGACGAUGAGAUUGAAUAUCUUGCUACCCGAGCCGUACAAAAUGGAUUCAAAACAAAGGCAGAAGAGGAUGAAGCAAAUGAUCGAGCUAUUGCCGCUGCUGUCUGGGAGUUGAUACAGGAAGACCAGAAAAACGAAUAUGGUGAUAAUUAUGUACCUUCUACACCCGCAAAUCCAACAGGAAAUGGGGGAGGCACUGUUGGUGUUUCGAAGCGGAUCAAGACUGAACCGUCAUCUUCAAAACCUGCAAGUCCGUCGCAGUCAUUACCAAUUCCUCCGAGACAGGCCCCCAAGCAUAUCAGCCGUCUGGUCGGUGAAUCUUCCUCCAAAAGAUCGAAGCCCGAAAUGCCCAAGGCAGUCCAGCCUCCAGAUUCUUCAUCAGCAUCUGAAAUGACGGGAUGGACGUGUGAAAUUUGUACUCUACAUAAUCCUAUCAAUUAUCUAUGCUGUGAUGCAUGCACGACAGAGCGACCGCCGGCGGUCACCAAAAAGCUAGCGGAAGCCUCUAGACCGAAAGCUGCUACGGCUUUCAAACCAGACACCCAGAAUUCGACAUGGACAUGUUCGAGAUGUACCACCAUCAUGGAAGACAAAUGGUGGACUUGCAAUACUUGUGGCAAGAUGAAGGAAAGCUCCUGA